AUGUCUGAAGUGUACUGUAAGGGAGUAGACGAGAGGAAUAUUUGGUCAGGAGUGGCCAUGCCAUUUGGCUGUUUAACAAUCGGGGAAAAGAAGGAUUAUAACAAUCCUUCGGAGGUGACGGAUAAAUAUGACUUGGGUCAGAUUGUUAAAUCGGAGGAGUUCUGUGAGAUAUUCAGAGCCAAGGACAAAAAUACGGUUAAAAUGUUUACAUGUAAAAAGUUCCUGAAAAAGGACGGGAGGAAAGUCCGCAAGGCUGCCAAAAAUGAGAUCCUCAUCCUAAAGAUGAUCUCUGGCGGUGCCGCUUCAGAUAAGAACAUCAAGGAAAACGUGUGUGCACAAAUAGAGAAGAACUUUGCCAGGGCUAAAUGGAAGAAAGCAGUGCGUGUCACCACCAUCAUGAAGAGGCUGAGAGCACCUGAGCAGAGCGACUCGAGGGCUGCCAGCCCCUCUGCUGCUGCCCCUCCAGACACCGCUGCUGCUCCCCAACCUGCCAGCGACCCCUCUGCUGCUCCAGCCGCUGCAGCACCCCCCGAGGGAGCGCCUGCUGUCGUCACAGAGCUCCCUGCUGGGGCGGAGAUAAGCCAACCUGCGCCGGAGGAGGCCGCCUCAGACGGGGAGCCACAGCAGCCGAGGCCGGCGCAGCAGGAGGCCGAGCCGACAUCACGCUGUAAUGGAGAAGCUGCUCUCAACACAGCCACCGAGGGCGGUGACGAGCAGGGUUAGAGAACCCCCCCACCCCACUGCGAAUCCCCACCCCUUCCUAUGUGACCUUUGCAGUCCCCACAACUGUACAUUAGCUGCUAGCAUGGUGACACUGACUCUGCUUCUCCCUCACUUGCAGCAUUAGUAUCAUCUCAUGGAGGCUGUGUGCUACCUUUCCCCGAGUGCCGCUUUCUUUUUACACUUAUUGUGUCUUUUUUUCAAUGACCCCCUCCGGUAUUUUACGUCAGAUUAAAUUAAACACUUCUAUCUCCCAACACAUGAGUUCUAGGGGCAGAAACAGAUUUGCCGUCAAGCUGCGUCUUACAGCUAAAGUCUUCUUUCUUAUUCCUCUCUUAAGAGAUAAGAGAAUAUAGGAAAGGUAUAAUUGUGCUGAAUACGGCUUUGAUUCCUUUUUAAUGAGCCGACUUGGGAAACUUCUCUGCGCCAGUCUUGCAAUUACAGUAUUUGUUCUUAGAAUCAGUAGAAAGGUUUUGCUUCGGAAAUGUUGACCUUGUACCGUGAUACUCAGUAAGUGCUGGUCCUCUCGCAUGGAGAAGAUCACAUAUUCCUGUCACAGGGGGAAUAUGGUAAUCUUUCCUAUCUGUUAUUGUCCACACUAACCAGUUAUUGUGCGUCAAACAAUGCUGGGAUUGGUGACUGGGAGUUAUUAUGCCCGGUAUUGUAUUUUGAACUAGGCAGCUUCUCACAUAAGAACACACGAAAACACUAUGUUCCUUUGCUUACUUCCUGCUCAGGAAAGAACCUCAUAGCUGUAAGUGUAAAGAUUCUGUAUAUAGAGACCUUUGUAGAAGUAGCCAAAACAGCAUGCAUUCUCACUUUUUUGCUGUUUCAUUUCACAUUUACAGCCACUUGGUGGUUAAAGAUGCGCUGCCGCCAAAUGUAUCGCAGGCCAGAGCACCCACGCCUUUUGCCACAAGCCAUGCCGAGGCUACUUUAAAAAGCACACUAUAUAUUAUGUUGUCUGUCACCACUGUUCAUUUAGCACCCCCUGUUGUCAAUGUAAGUAGAAUGAAACUGAAAAAGUCUUCAUUACAUAGCAGCUCUAUGCAUCCAAAUUAAUUUGUAGCUUUUCCUUUUUUAGAAACGUCAUGACAUCGUUAUUCAUCACGCGACUAAAAAUGUAUUUUUCUUUGCUAGAUCUCAGUUUACUUGUAUGUACUUUGUAUUUGAUUGUGUCCUUUGUGAUUAGACACUGACUAACGGCGCCACACAUGUCUUAAUAUUUGGUUGUAACUGUAAAGCAAAGUGUGCAUUGAAUGACCACAUGCAGCUUUUAAGGGAAAACAUGCAUCAUUUUAGAUUUGUGGUAACUUAAGGUCACCAUCUUUGCUGACCUGUAUUGUACUGAAAUAAUUAUGAAUCAUAUGUUUCACAUUUCUGAACAAUUUUUUUAAUUGCCAUAUCUUUAUUGCUUUCUUUUUUUAGCUCUUUCAUUCAUGUUUGUUCCAUAGAUGUUUCUCCUUAUACUUGAUUAACAGUAAUAACAAUAUUUCCUUUCUUGUCGCUGGUCCCCUCGAGUAUAAAUAAUGAGCUACAGAAAAAGAGUUCUCUGUAAUCACUCUAGAGGAAAUUGAGCAAUAUUCGAAUGGCUGCAGAAACUGUGAUUCCUGGUGUCCUUUCGAUACAGUCCAUGUCCCUGUAAGUAAAAGUCUAUAGUCCUUUGCCGGCUGUCAGGCCCAUCAUGGCCGCCUACAGUAACUAACGCAUGUCUGCUGCUGUCAGAUAAGUGGUGGUUCAGUGUGUGUGUUAGCACGAGACUAAUGUGGGGACUCACACACUGAACCAUGGGGUUCUCAUUCCCUGGUCACAAAAAGACAGCAGUAAAAAAGGUCAAAAAAUUAAAUAUGUUUCGGCUCGUGCACGGCCACUGUCUUAAUCCACCCAAUCUGUUGUUGACUGUAAACACCUGUGAAGUUAUAUUAAAAUGUGCAUUUCUUAUAAAAAUGAAGAUAUUUAUAAUCCGUAGAAUCUAAGGUUUGACUCUGUUCAGCGCAGUCUUUUAUUUAUACAUGUUAUCUCUUUAAUUUGCUCUAUAGAUUGGUAGAAAUGCCAAUCAUUCAGAUUAUAUCGCUACAUUAUUUCUUACAUUGUUGAAGAUAAAUAUUUAGAUUUUAACGAGAGACAAAAUAUCUGAUUUGUAUGUGAAUAAAUUAUAUCAUGUAGUCCGUUCUCUUUGUUUAGAUGGCAAAUAAAUACUGUUUGAACACUGUAACACAGUUUAAAGCAAUGCUUUCUUUUCUCACUGUAUUUAUUAAAAACCAUGUUUGUUCAUUUCGCCACGCACUUACAGGUGUAUUUGUAGAUGUGAUGUUUGCCAGGACCGGCGGUCACCUGCAGGUCCUGUCCUGCAUCUGUGAGCUCUGUACCGUACUCAUUGUACUGAGUUGAUGACUUUGAUGCUAAUAAAAUUCUAAUUCAUCUGUUUA